CUGCUUCAGUGCGGCUUUUGUGCGAAGCUGCCAAGUGAAGUGAAAACCCUGCCCGGCUGGUGUGCGCUUCACGCCUGGCUCCGCUGCCUGCUCGCUCCCCCCUUCCUGCCCCUCCCACGCUGGCAACCAGCCAGUUGUUUCUCCGGAUCAGUAACAGAAGACAAUGGAGCCCUUGGCCAGCCUGUUCUGGCCCCCUCCCCUCCCGGCUGCCGUGCAGAGCAGGCACAAUGGCUGUGCCAGGCCUGCCCUGAUUUCACCACCCCAAGUGCCAACCAGCCCUGACUUUUGGAGGCGUCCCUGACCCUGCGCGGCCAUUAAAGAGCCCGCGGUGUAUGAACCCCCUGCGUUCCGGCCAGGCUCCAUGCUGGCACCCUGCGGCUCUGCUACUCUUCUCCAGACCCCGUCCAAAGCGACUGGGUGUUGCCACGGGUGCUGCGCUCCACCCCAGAGGCAGCCGAGCGUGCAGCGCGGGGAGGGGGAAAGCACCCUGGGAUACCCUGGAGGCGCGAGUCCUUGUUGCAUUUACGCUGAGAGGGGCGCCCUUUGGGGUCCUGGACGUAACAGACCCCCAGACGGACGAUUGCUCGUCGGCUCGCCACUGAAAUCCGCCUCCACCCAGGCCCAGCCGCCGGCGCCUCUAACUCAGUUGCCAAUCAGACCUUUAGAGCACUCGCAGCACCAGGCCGAAGGGAAUCCAGAUUCUGCGCCCACGAUUCCUGCUCUGAGCCUGGCAGCAGGGCCCUGAACGCUGGCUAGCGCCCGGUCCCGGACGGCAGUGCUUCGUCCAGCCUCAACAAGGAGCCCCGCUGGAGCCCCUGAGCUGCUGCUGCUCUCCAAGUUCUGCCAGGCAGGUGGGAGCUCGUCUUGGGGUGCUCAGGGAGUCGACGGCACCAUCUGCCGGUCGGGGGGACCCUCUGCUCCCGGCCUCCAACAUGCCAAGGGGUCUGUAUGUCCAGGGAACCCCACAGGCCCUCAGCACUGGACAGCAGGGCCCGCCUCUGGGCACAGGGUGAGGCUGCAUGAAAAGGUGUGACCCAACGGCAGGAGAUGGAGGGGGCCCGGGCAGCUGGGGUGAGCAGCUGGCCUCAUCUUCCUGCUCUGAGUGACACAGCCCCAUGUCCCCCCAGCUGCCUCUGAGCGCCCCAUUGCAGAGCAGGCAGCGUGAAUUCCCCCGUUAGCCCCGCUCCAUCCCCCCAAGGCCUGUCAGUCCUGGGCAUCCGUGGAGGCUUUAGCUACAGGGCUGCCAGAUGUUGACAUAGUCCCUGAGUAGCUGGCUGGCUGCCUAGGGGCUCGGGGAGGGGACCCCGCUAAGCUGCAGUGGGAAGAUGGAUUGUCAGCUCCUAGCCCAGGGCCUGUCAAAACUUCCGUAGUGCCUGGUCCCCUAGGGGGAUGAAAGCCUACAACCGCUGCCAGCUAACAGGGUCGCUCCUCUGGCUCGGGUGUGUGAGGUUCCUGCUGUUUGAGUGGAAGCCCCAGGGAUAGUCUCCUGGGGUCGUUUUGCUUUGAACAGGAACGGCGCAGGAGGCGUGUGGCGGUGCCGAUGCACGGCUGGAAGGAAACGCAGUGAUGUAAUCAGUUCAACGGCAGGGCCGGAUCCGGCAGCGCUACUCACAGGACAGGAGGGAAUCGGCUGCAGCCAGGGCCUGGUUCCGGGCAGCAGGCUAGCAAGGUCAGCCGUACAGAACAUGAGAGUGCAGCGCAUGCAUCUGCCCAGCAGAGGGCACCUCGGCGCCACAGCUCAUGCCCACCUGGGCUCAGCAGCUGCCGAUGGUGAAGGAUGAUGCUCCUGCUGCCCAACAGCACAGACGGGGCCCGGGUGAGCGACGCCGAGCCGCUGGAGUGGGAGGAGCGGUCGCCCUGCAUGGAGGGGAUCAUCCCUGUCAUUUACUACAGCGUCCUGCUGGGCCUGGGGCUGCCAGUUAACAUCCUGACGGCCGUCGCCCUGUCCCGCCUGGCUGCCAGGACAAAGAAAUCGUCCUACUGGUACCUGCUGGCUCUGACCGCCUCCGACAUCCUCACCCAGGUCAUCGUCGUCUUCAUGGGCUUCAUCCUGCAGAUGGCCGUCCUGGCCCGCGAGGUGCCCCAGGCCUUCAUCCACACCGUCAAUGUGCUGCAGUUUGCAGCCAACCAUGCCUCCAUCUGGGUGACCGUGCUGCUGACGGCCGACCGCUAUGUGGCGCUGUGCCACCCGCUGCGCUACCGCAUGCUCUCCUACCCCGAGCGCACCCGGAAGAUCAUCGCCGCCGUCUUCGGCACGGCGCUGGCCACCGGGAUCCCCUUCUACUGGUGGCUGGACAUCUGGCACGACUCCCAACCACCCACCACCGUGGACAAGGUCCUCAAGUGGGUUCACUGCUUCACCAUGUACUUCAUUCCCUGCAGCAUCUUCCUGGCCACCAACUCCGUCAUCAUCUGUAAGCUCAAGAGGGGGAAGCGGGUGGACGGGCACCGCCGGCGCGUGGGCAAGACCAUCGCCAUGCUGAUGACCGUCACUGCUGUCUUCACUGUGCUGUGGGCGCCCCGGACAUUCGUUAUCCUCUUCCACCUCUACAUGGGCUCCACCAACAAGGACCGGAGGCUGCACGUGGCGCUGAACCUGGCCAACAUGAUUGCCAUGCUCAACACCACCGUCAACAACGUCUUCUACUGCUUCGUCAGCAAGACCUUCCGCCGCACGGCCGGCGAGGUGAUCCGCUCCUGCUGCCCCUUCUGCACGCCCACCAACGGGGGCUUUCUGCACUCGGCUCUGAAACCGCUGGGGCUCCUGGAGAAUGUGUCCCUUUAGGGCAACAGAGUAGGUGUGGUCCUGCUCUCGAAGGGUUCCCAGUCACAGGAAUGUGCAGCCUGGCUACCUCAUUCCCACGUGUCCCCGAGGGGCUUGGGCUGAGGGCGAGAUGGGGCGUGCAGCAGCCAGGGCAAGGCGGUGGGUUACAGUGUACUGGCUGGAUAGGAGGCAGCUGGCACUAGCUGGUAUGGGCAAGAUGCCAGCUGGUACAGUGGCCCCAACAGAGCAGGAACCCUCAGACCUGAUGUCCUAACUUGAGGCAUCUGUGAUUGCUGUGAACUCAUGUUCUGACUGCGGAAGGGAACCAGGCCGGCCCGAUCCUGAGCCCAUGACACCGUACUGAGCAAGUGCCAGGCCUAGUGCACUAGGCUGCUCCACCCAGUGCCGCUCUCCCACGAGGUCCGUCUGGGCCCUCAGCAAGGGUCAGGCUGGGAGGAGGCCUGUUUUAAUGCCUGGGCCCAGAGGGAGGAGACACGCCGGUGUCUGGGGAUGCUGCAGAGGGUGCUAAGCCCUUAGCAUCCCACCACGUAUCCCAGGGACGUUUGACUAUCGGGUGGGAAGCCGAGAUGGUGUGGAACUGAAGGACAUGCCCCCGGUUACCUGGCAAGGCUGUGACCCAGACGGGAAUGGAACCCAGGAACCCUGACCACAAGGCCAGACAGCUCGCCUGGCCAUUUGCAGCUUCUGGCAUUUAAUCUCUUGCUGCGUCAUUGCCCAUUGCUCCUGAAGCAAAGGGCUGUGCACACGGUGCUCUGCCUGCGGGACACCGGUGUUGCUGGAUGUUCUGGGGCCCUGGGACCAGCUGAGCUACCGGGUUCCUGUGGCUGAAAAUGUCUGUGAUGCCGCGUAUCAAAGCUUCCGCCAGGGAAGCCAGGCACUAGCACCAGGCACCGCAGCUGGGCGCCAAGUGGGGCCAUGGCGAGGGCCCUGCCUCACACUGCCAGUGCAAGUCCAAUAAAC